GUGUAAAAAAUAAAAAAAUAUAAGAACGCUAAGCGUCUAAGAUUAACGUCAGAAAAUAUAGAUACAGCGAAACACGAAACUGCAUCUGUGAUUGAUAAUUGCCAAGCAACACAAAGAACAACAACUGCAACUGUGAAUCUUCGUGCAAUACGAAUUAGUACAAAGUAGACGACGAUCCAAUGCUAAGCAAAAUGGCACAACCGAAUAAUGUAGGAGGAGGUGGCGGCGCUUCAGCUUCUGGCGGGCGGCGCGUGCCGAUGUCGUUGACCGGAGCAGGCGCUGGUGGCACCACAGUCUCGCGGCUGCAGCAAUCCAAUGGACGCUCCAACAGUCCGCAGAACAGCAAUAUGAGCAAGAAAAACGAGUCGAAUAUCUCUAUGGGUCCAUUUGUAGCUCUCAAGAAGUCGAGCGUUACCCAACAGCGAUCCCCCAGCACCUCCUCCACGGCCUCAACCUCCUCGUCUUCUUCCUCUGCUCCGAAAGAUGAUGAGAAGAAGGGCCAAAAUGGCAUUAACAAAUCCACAAAUAGCAAUCAAAAUGGCAGCUCAAACACUCAAGCUGUGAGGGAGCAACAGAAGCCCAAGGAGAAACAGUCCGAAAAGAAGGAGCCGGUCAAACCCGAAGUCAAAGAUGAAGCCGCCAAGCCAGUCAAACCCGAGACAAAACCAACAGCGCCGCCAUCUGCCGAAGCCAAGAUUGAGGUAGCCACCGCCGCAGCCAAGAAGAUCGAAGCUGCCGCAACCAAGAAGGUUGAACCGGCCGCUGUCGAGGUCAUUGAUUUGGAUAACGAGCCCGAAGUUGCGGCAGUGUCCAACACACCGACUUCAGAGCGCAAAUCCUCGCGCAGGGUGGCGGCGGCGGCAACCAGCCAGCAGAAGUCGCCCAGCAAGCCACAGCAAAGCGAUUCGCCAAGUUCGAAAAAGCAGCCGGAGGAAGCAGAGCAAAAACCAGAAGCUGUAGAAGAUGUUGAAAUGGAACCACUUACAGUGGAUGCCUCGCCCAUACGGCAUCACGUGGCGAGCACACAGCCCACGGCCACUUCCACGCCCGGACGCAAUCUUUUCGGUUUCCGCAGCAGCAGCAAGCCGACCAACGAGGUGGAGCUGGCCGCACAGCCAUCCAGCUCGCCGGCAACUGCACCGGCACGCAGCUUUGCCCAAAUAAGCGGCCGGCGUAGUAUACGCCCGACAGCCACACUUACGCCCGGCAAGCUGGGCAGUUAUAGAUGCGUUAACAGUGACCUGGACACCUCCAGCUGCACCAACACAAGCAUGAAUGCGACCGUGGGCUCCGAGAUACCAAACAGCUCUUCGUUCUCGUUCUCGUUCUUUGGACGUGGACGCAAGCGUGAGCGCACACCCCCACCGCUAACUGGCAGCCAGUCGGCCAAUGAUCUCGCCCAGGAUGUUGAAAUGUCGCCGCCGAAGCGUGCACGCUUCGAUCUAUUCAGCCUGAACCUGGCAUCACCAUUCACAAUGCUGCGGUCGCGGUUUUCCAAAACUACCAUCAGCACACCGUCUACGCGCCAGCGCCACGACCAGACGCCGCCAGCUGGCGAUGAUGAUGAAGUUGGUGGGGUGCAAAAUGUGUCGGGCACUAUUAACCAGGAGGAGGAGCAGCAGCAGCUAAACAAAUCGUCGGGCAGCGAUGAGGUAACUGUGGGACAGGAAGCUGGCCUGGAGACACCCAAGAAAAGCGGCACGCCAGUUAAGGAUGUGGUGCCGAAUGAGAAUGUUGAGGGCGAAGGCGUGGAUGCUGUGGCCAAUUCGGCUGCCGACGUGCCCGUAGAGGGCGAGGGUGCCAAUAGAUCCCGCUGCGCCAUAAUGUGAGCGAUUCACUUACGCUAAGUUCAAAUCCCAAGACCCAACCCAACAUCUACCCGUUAGCUUUGGCAUUAAAGAUGAGUGUCAUUCAUUGUUGUAACGUUGUAGUGACAAUUUUUGUUCUUGCAAUGUUGCAUGUUUAGAGUAAGCAUCUAAAUUGGGCAAAAACCAAAUCCGUGCAGCAGUGCUGGCUGCUCCUCUUCCAGCUUGUGGAAGUUGUUAGUUACGCGAUAUGCACAUGAACAGCCUUUUAAUGAUUUCUUGCUGCAUAGCUGUGCUUCGGCGUCCGGCGUGGACGCAAGGCUCAGCUAUGCACUGACAAAUCUGUCUAUCUCCCCAACUAAAUGAUAUCAGUAGGAUAUAAGGUACAAAAAGAAAAAAUAAUAGGCACAUUAAAAUUUAUCAUACAUAAGACAUAUGUAGCUAUAGCUGUACAAGAACUAUAAGAUUUGUGUAUCUUCAUUUUAUUUGUGACCAUGAUUUGUAUUAGUAUAU